AUGCAGAUUCCUGCGUUUCCGCGUUGCAAAAGACCAGUGUUUGUUCUCAUUGUCGUCUUUUCUGCGCCGACGAACUUUGAACAUAGGUCUAUAAUUCGCAGUACUUGGGCUGAUAUUAUAGACAAAGAUCCUGCCAUGACAAACAUUAUUAAGGGGUCUUACACUGGGCAGAGUCUGGUUAAAACAAUGUUCUUACUUGGUCAGACUGAUGAGAAAACCAAAAGUAUUAUAGAAAUCGAAUCGGAAUAUUACAACGAUCUAGUGAUUGGCUCGUUCACUGAUAGUUAUGGUAAUUUAACAUUAAAAACAAAACUUGGUCUAGGAUGGGCUCAUCUAUUUUGCAAGUUUGAAUACUAUUUGAAGACGGAUGACGAUGUUUUUGUGUACAGCAAGGGACUUGUGAAAUGGUUGUGGCAAUUACCAAGAGAGAGGAUCUAUACGGGUAGAUGUUCAUUUAAUAAGACGGUGAUUCGAACAGCCGGGAACAAAUGGUAAGUGAGAAUGAAUUUAGUUUAAACAAAUUAGUCGUCAAGCUAGGCCUUUCCCUGCUGAUGAGAUCAGAUUACAGAGAUUCCAGAAUUCAGAUGUAUAUUGAAGUAUGUGAAGUAUAAUAAUCCAUCAAGCCCCAGAGUUACGACUGCGUACGGUGCAUGUGAUAUUCAUCGGUCAUUUAGCAACUGGUGAUAUGAUUUUUGUGUGUGUUUAUGUCAUGUCGAACCCGCGACUAGGGUUUGAUUCCCACCGUGGUCAGGCAAACUUUUCAGCUUGCCUGGUGUGGAUAUAACAUCACAAACAUCGUAUUCACCUGAGUACAUAACCAUGGGCGUACCGGAAGGAAAAAAUUAGGGGGGCGGAAAGAAAUUUGCCCGACUUUUCGGGAUUCUGCGCGACUAGUCCGAAAAUUUUUAUUUCGGCGACCUCCCCCCCCCCCCGUCGCCAAAAAAUUUUCGGUCAGUGUACCAUUUUAGGGGUUUUAAAAUUUUUCCGGACAUAUCAAAAUUUUUCGGAACAUCUCACAAAUUUUCCAUACAACACUAAAUUUUCCACAAAAUUGACUGAAUUUCUGACUAAAUUGACAGAAUUUGUCCCAUUUAUUUUUAUUACAAACCAAAAUUGCCCGACUGUUGAUCGAAUAUUGCCCGACUGCCCAAAAAACUGGGGGGGGGCUACCCCCCCCCCGCCCGGUACGCCUAUGUACAUAACAUCAACACACACAAAAAUCAUCAAAUCUUAGAAUACAUAGAUAUCGAAGGAACUAGACUCAGUUCGCGAAAUAUCACCAACUCGAAUCGACUUGACCUCGUGGCUCAGUUGGUAGAGCAUUAGGCUGGGAUCCCAAAGAAUUCGAUUCCCACCGUGGUCAGGCAAACUUUUCAACUUGCCCGGUGUGGAUGCACACUCAGAGUAACAUCACAGACAACUGUACAGGUGAUAUAUUUGGAGUGAUGUUACUUUCUAAGAUGGAAGGCAAUUAAAGAAACACCGGGCAUUUGUAAAGACCAAAUCGGUGUCUAUUUGAAAACAGUGAGAAUAUUAAUAACCAACUGACCGAGAGUGAGGGCUGUAACCGAAGUGCAAAAUCGAGUUUUGAUACUUUGCCCGGCAGCCCGCAUGGUCGAGGUCAGUAAGUUUUUGUUAUAUGGCCUGAUUGUGCUUUAAAUGAAAAACAUGGUUACGCAUAAUCUUUCUUGCAAGGGUAACAGCGUUUUAUUGAAACCGUUAAAUUCGAUGAUAUGACAAGGCUUCAGUUAUCAGUAAAAAGGUUCCCUCAAAGAAUCUCGACUUCAUCCGGUAGUGAAACAAGGGAAGGCAAUUAAGAAGGAGUUUAAGUUAUGAUGUUUUUGACUGGCUAUAACUUUUUAUACAGGGCUGUAUCAAAGACGGAUUACAAAAAAGACACUUAUCCACCAUAUUGUGUUGGAAUGGGUUAUAUCUUAAGUUCAGAUGUCUUUCAAAACAUGAUGGUGAUUAUACCCACACAACCGUGGUUUGUAUUAGAAGAUGUCUAUAUUGGUCUGAUUCUAGAAAAAUUAAAAAUUGUACCAGUAGAUCGUAGUAAAUAUUUCCAGCUACAUUCUGAUUACUCCUGGGACGUUUGCAAACAUAAAGACUUGUUGUUAAGUCUACAAGCAACGCCAAAACAAAUGCUCCAAUUGCAUUUGAAAUUUUCUAAUUUAUGGAAAUGUGGUCCCCGUAGAUUACGAUAAAAAAACUUUAGUUUAUUUGUAUUUAAGUAUUUGAAAACAUAAUUUAUAGUAUUAUUGGUACACGUGGUACAUAUUAUUUGUAAAAUGCG